GUUGAAACAAACACAACACAACACCAUUCAGAAUUUACAUUUUUUUGGUACAGAAUGGGGCUGCAGUCACUUUGUGGCAGAGUCCUCCUCGGACUGUCCCUGACUUUAUUACUCUCUAGUUUCUGCUUUGCUGAUGACAAGACAAUCAAAGUUUUUGGAAUUGGAGAAUGCGCUGAUUGCAAAGAGAAUAACAUUAACACCAUUCAUGCUUUCUCAGGGCUUCAUGUAAGCAUUGACUGCAAGCUUGAGAAUGGAGAAAUCAAAACAAGGGGUGAAGGAGAGCUUGACAAAGAUGGCAAGUUUGAAGUGUCACUUCCUAAGGAAAUGAUAAAAGAUGGCAAGCUAAAGGAAGAAUGCUAUGCACAAUUACACAGUGCAUCAGCUGCACCAUGUCCUGCACACAAUGGCAUUGAAUCUUCCAAGAUUAUGAUCAUCAAAACUGAUGGAAAACACUCAUUAAAACCUACUGGAAAUGUUAAAUUCUCAACAGCAUUGUGCACUUCUGCUUUCUUGUGGCCUUACUUUAAAUACCCACCAUUGCCAAAGUUGCCACCUUUCCCUAAAGAUCAUCCUUGGAAGAAAAAUUUCCCUUAUUUUCCACCAUUGAAUCACUUUGGCCACCCUUUCCCUCUUCCCCCUAUUCCUCCCAUUUUCAAAAAGCCAUGUCCUCCUACAGUUCCAAAGCCAAAUCCUCCUUCGGUUCCCGUUUACAAUCCUACACCAGAACCACCAGUAGUAAAGCCACUUCCUCCUCCAGUUCCAACUUACAAACCAAAACCAAUGCCUCCUCCAGUUCCCAUUUACAAACCUAAACCAGAACCACCAGUAGUAAAGCCUAAGCCUCCUUCAGUUCCUGUUUACAAACCAAAACCAAAGCCUCCUUCAGUUCCCAUUUACAAGCCCAAGCCUAAUCCUCCUCCUGUUCCUACUUACAAGCCUAAACCAAAGCCUCCAGUUAAAAAGCCAUGCCCUCCUAAAGCAAAGCCUCCUGCAGUUCCCACUUACAAACCCAAGCCCAAACCAGAACCACCAGUAGUAAAGCCACUUCCUCCUCCAGUUCCAAUCUAUAAACCAACACCAAAGCCACCAGUAGUAAAACCACUUCCUCCACCAGUUCCAGUAUAUAAGCCACCAGUAGUAAAGCCACUGCCUCCUCCAGUUCCAGUAUACAAGCCGCCAGUAGUGAAGCCACUGCCUCCUCCAGUUCCAGUAUACGAGCCACCAGUCGUAAAACCUCUGCCACCACCUGUUCCAAUUUACAAGCCAAUCCCACCAUUCUACAAAAAACCAUGCCCACCACUUCCACAGCUUCCACCUUUCCCUAAAGUUCCUCCUUUCCACCAUCCAUUCUUCCCACCACUUCCUCCUUCUAUUCCUCACCCAUAAACAAACAUUACAAAGCCUUGAAAAUUAUUUGCAAUUUAUGAAAUAAGUUGAUCAAACGCUGGAACAUUCAAGAGAUAUGAUGCUUGAGAAUGUGAAAGGAAAAGAACAGAGAAUAGCAAAUUUGAUGGGGUGGAGAGUUAGUUUUUACUGUGUUAUUUUGUUUAGUUGAGUGUUCAUGCAAAUGUUUGUACAUCUUCAAGUGAAUUAUGGUCCGGGGAAUAAUUAUGGGUAUAUCUUGUAUGCUAGUGUAUACGUUCAAGAAUUGAUCUCGUUAAUUUUCAUUGUUAUGUCAUUCAUGGAAACUUGUACUAUUCAUCUCUUUUUAAUAUACUGUUGGUUUUUAAUUA